ACACCGACACAGAUAAACACAGCUGGCGAAUCUCACUCCUCCUAUAAACUAGAGAGAUCCGCCGGAGACAGAUCGGAAGAUCUUCUCUUUUACCUCACCUCCAAAUGGGUUCCCAAUCCAACGGUUCGCCGGCGUCUCCAUUAAAGUUCUUGAUCUACGGUCGAACCGGUUGGAUUGGUGGUUUAUUGGGCAAACUUUGCGAAGCUCAAGGCAUUGAUUACACCUACGGCUCCGGCCGUCUCGAGUCGCGCGAAACCCUCAUCGCCGACCUCGCCGCCGUUAACCCUAGUCAUGUAUUCAACGCCGCCGGAGUUACCGGCCGACCAAACGUUGACUGGUGUGAGUCACACAAGGUGGAGACUAUCCGUACUAAUGUCGUCGGAACUCUAACUCUCGCCGACGUUUGCCGUGAAAAGGGGUUGAUUUUGAUUAAUUAUGCUACUGGUUGUAUAUUUGAGUAUGAUUCGGAGCAUCAACUCGGGUCGGGUGUCGGGUUUAAGGAAGAGGAUACUCCGAAUUUCAUCGGAUCUUUCUACUCCAAGACUAAAGCUAUGGUCGAGGAAUUGCUCAAAGAGUACGAUAACGUAUGCACGCUGCGGGUAAGAAUGCCGAUCUCUUCCGAUCUCACGAACCCUCGAAACUUCAUCACAAAGAUCAGUCGUUACGAGAAAGUGGUAAACAUCCCGAACUCCAUGACCAUUCUAGACGAGCUCCUCCCGAUCUCCAUUGAAAUGGCGAAACGCAACCUCACCGGGAUCUACAACUUCACAAACCCCGGUUGCGUUAGCCACAACGAGGUAUUGGAGAUGUACCGUGAGUACAUCGACUCGAGUUUCACGUGGAAAAACUUCAAUCUCGAGGAGCAAGCGAAAGUGAUCGUGGCUCCGAGAAGCAACAACGAACUCGAUACCACCAAGUUGAAAACCGAGUUUCCCGAGCUUUUGUCGAUCAAGGAAUCGCUCGUGAAGUUUGUGUUUGAGCCGAACCGGAAGACACCGGUUGCAGCUUGAUCGUAAGGUUUGAAGUUCUUCAAUUCCGUUGCUUUUUUUCUUGGACAAUAUAUUUAUCGUUAUAUGUUCGGAUUGCACGAUUACGAUGAAGAUUUCUUACGAUAUAGCAUAUUUUUCAUGUUUUCUAUCAUCCCGACCGUCUUUGAUGACGAAUAAAAUUGUCGGAAAUGAUAUGGUUGUCGAUUUGUUUGGUUAUGUAACAUUGUAUACGAUUUCGGAUUGGAGAAUGAAAGGCUCAUCCAUUUUGUCACGUAGAUGUCAAGUCUGUAUACAUGUUGUCUUAGACCUCACGUUCAGGUGAGAUAUACUGGAGUUCUGUUUCAUUUCCGUCAUUCGACAUGAUUGUUGUUAUAUGAUCAGACGGUACGAUCCCUUGGUUCUUUGAUUGCUCUCGGGGUUGUUUGGUUGAU